AUGGGAUCGAUUGUCGGGCCUCGAUCCCACAACGACUACACCAUCGGAUGGGUGUGCGCGCUGCCUAAGGAGCAGGCGGCGGCGAAGGCCAUGCUAGACGCGUACCAUCCCACCCUCGGAAAGCCGCCGGGCGACAAUAACAAGUAUAUUCUGGGGUCCAUAGGCGAGCACAAUAUUGCCAUCACUUGCCUGCCCAUAGACCAGACAGGCACCAUCCCCGCCGCCAUCGUUGCCGCGCGGAUGGCGUCGACCUUUCCGCGCAUCAAGCUCGGCUUGAUGGUCGGGAUCGGCGGCGGCGUGUCUCGCGAAGUACGACUCGGCGACGUGGUUAUCGGCACGCGCGUGGUCCAGUGGGAUAUGGGCAAAGCCAAGGAGGGUGGCAGCUUUGAGCGGACCCGGGCCUUGAACAUUCCGCCCACCGCGCUCCUGUCGGCCCUGUCGGCCAUGGAGAGCGCGCGCCCGCUGGAAGGGCCCAAGAUAUUUGAAUACCUCGCUGGCCUGAAGGGGAAGUGGCCAAAUAUGGACUCCAAGUACUUCUGGUCUGACUCGCUCGAGGAUGUCUUGUUCAAGGCAAGCUACGCCCACGUCAAGACGAGCGCCGUUGACGGCAACGAUAAGGAGAAGAACUGCCGACGCUGCGACAAGACUAUGGUGGAGAAGAGGGAUGCCCGGGGUGCCCAAGGCGCCCAGAUGCACUACGGCUUGGUCGCGUCGGGCAACCAGGUCAUCAAGGACGCGGUCUUCCGGGACAAGCUGAACAAGGAUCUUGGCGGUGAUGUGCUCUGUGUCGAGAUGGAAGCCGCUGGGCUGAUGAACAAUUUUCCGUGUCCAACCGUGGCGGCGGCCACGGCCAAGGAGCUUCUGCAAUAUCUCUCGGCCGAUGUUGUGGAGAAGGAGCCCGCCAUCAAAGACCUGAUUAGUGAAGUUCGCGCUCUCGGAUCCAAGGUCGGCGCAGUCGGCGCCGAUGUCACAGAGAUGAAGUCGAGAAUGGAGCUGGAUGACGAACAGAAAAUCCUAGAAUGGCUUUCGCCAGCCAACUACGGCCUCCAGCAAGCCAAGCACAUGAAAACCCGUCAAGAGGGGACCGGCCAGUGGCUCCUCGACUCUGCCAAGUUCAAGGAAUGGGUCGAAACCAGCCAGCAGACGCUGUUCUGCCCGGGGAUGCCCGGGACCGGAAAGACGAUACUCACGGCCGUCGUUAUUGACAGCCUCGCUUCCCGCUUUGCGCACGACCCCUCUGUCGGGAUCGCCUACAUCUACUUUAACUUUUUGCAGCAAGGAGAGACGACGGCGGAGGAGCUAUUCGCAAGCCUGCUGCGACAGCUAGCCCAACACGAAUCUCCUCUGCCGGAGGGCCUACGGCGUCUCUUUGACCAUCACAAGGGGACUCGGACGCGGCCGUCGCGGGGCGAGAUUCUGGAGGUCCUCCAUUCGGUGAUUCGCACGCGCUCAAGGGUGUUUAUCGCCGUCGACGCCAUCGACGAAUGCCCAGAAACCGACCAAUGUCGGACAACGUUUGUGGAAGGGCUCCUGGACCUUGGGGGCCUCGGCGUGAACACAUUUGCCACCUCGAGGUUCAUUCCAGACGUCACAGACAUGUUCGACAAGGACAACUGGUUGGAAAUCCGCGUUAGCGAUGCGGACGUGGCCGGAUUUGUGGGCGCGCAAAUUUCGCGAGCGGGGUCUGAUUUUUUGAAGAAGGUGCGAGAGGAAGCCACAGCUGAGAUUGUAAAAGCUGCUGGAGGAAUAUUCCUGCUGGCAAAGCUCGACUUGGAUUCGCUCUUGGAUGAGAAACUGCCUAAGGGAGUCAGAGCCGCCCUAAAGACCCUCCCCACGGGCUCGAAAGCGUACUCCGGCGCUUACGAGAACGCCAUGAAGAGGAUAGAGCACCAACGCCCGGCGUAUGCCAAGGUCGCCAAAGCGGUCCUUUUGUGGAUCGUCUGUGCCAGACGGCAAUUGACCUUGCCGGAGCUCUGCCAUGCGCUUGCUUUCGAUGCUGGCGACUCCGGGAUCGACCUGGAAAACGUCCCGGAGCCCCGAGAUCUGGUCUCGGUAUGUGCCGGAUUGGUUAUUUCCGACGAGCAAAGUGGGCUCGUCCGCCUGUUUCACAACACCACACGGGAAUACUUUGCGCGGACGCGGGCGCGCUGGUUUCCUACCGCCGAUGACGACAUUGCCCGGGCUUGCGCCACCUAUCUCUCGUUCAACGUCUUCAGGUCCGGGCCCUGUCCGACGGACGCCGAGCUUGGAGAACGGCUGCGCACCUAUCCGCUGUACGACUACGCCGCCAAGUACUGGGGCCAUCACGCCCGCGACGCACUGAGCCUAGAUACCUCGGUAUUAGAUCUUCUACAAUCCACGCCCCUGUCUGAAGCGUCGAGCCAAGCACUCCUGGCUGUUGAGGGCACGGGUGGGUCACAGCGCACCACACGCGUCACCGGGCUUCACUUGGCAGCGUAUUUCGGGGUCGAUAGUGCUGUGCCCGAUCUACUCGGCAUAUAUGGCCGGGACCCAGAAGAUAGCCACGGACGGACGCCGUUGUCGUGGGCCGCGGAGAACGGCCGCUUAGCCGUCGUGAGGCGGCUACUUCACCUCGACGCGGAUCGCCAGCGAGCGGACCGCUCGGGCUGGACCCCUUUAUACUGGGCUGCCCAGCGCGGCCACAGGGCUGUCGAGGAGCUUCUGCGCAGCGAGGACACUAGUGCCUUGUCGCCAAGCGUGGACGACAAGAAAGUGUUGCCGGCCACCCCGGAUUCGUCGCAGACGCCGGCCCUCCCGGCCGGCGAGGCCACCGUACGGCUCCUGAUCGACAAGGACGUCCGCACCAAUCUAAUGGAUAGCCAAGGGCAGACAGCCCUUGUACAGCAGGCUCCGCGCGGCAGCGACGCCGCCGUACGGCUACUACUCUCCUGCCAGGGUUCCAACCGGGCCCCGCGCCAGACUCCGCUGCUAUGGGCUGCUGCAGGGGGACACCUGGCCGUUGUGCGGCAGCUGCUCGACACGGGCGCCGAAGCCGGGUCGGCUGACGAUCGAGGCCGGACACUGCUUUCCUUGGCAGCCGGAAACGGCCACGAGGAAGUUGUGGAGUUGCUGUUGGAGCAGGGUGCGCCGGCCGAGUCGGCAGAUGACCAGGGGCGAACGCCGCUAUCGUGGGCUGCUGCGAAUGGGCAUAAGGCCGUUGUGCGUUUGCUGCUGGACAAGGGCGCUAAGGCUGACUCGAUGGACGAAGAGGGAUGGACACCGCUUUUGCGGGCCGCAGCGGGCAAACACGUUGCCACCGUGUGGCUGCUGGUUGCCGAGGGGGCCAAUCCCGACCUGGCGCAUCUUGUGCUGCCAACUCUGCUGGAAGACGUGAGGACACUGGAGUCAUGGGCAACGGAGAACGGGAAUGAAGCUGUUUCGAAGUCACUACCAGAUACCGGGGAAAACAUCGACUCGAUCAAUGGCAAAAUGGUGGCGAUGCUAGCAUACGCCGCCGAGAAGGGGCAUGCAAAUAUUGUGCGAAUUCUACUCGACAUAGGCGCCAGCACCGAGCUACCGGUUGGUGGUCAAGGAACACCACUGCUACUAGCCGCCAAAAGCGGGCAUAGGGCGGUAGUCGAGCUGUUGCUCGAAAGGGGCGCCAACCCAGAUUCAAGUAACUCCCAUGGCGAUACACCGCUGACAUGGGCUGCAACGCAGGGGCAUGAAGCAGUGGUGAAAUUGUUGCUUAAAAGGGGCGCCGACCUAGAGUGUCGUGAUAAAGAUGGCGAUACAUCGCUAAAUUGUGCGGUAAUAUCGGGGCACGAAGCAAUAGUAAAGUUGUUGCUGGAGAAAGGUGCAGCUCUAGACUCGAAAAACAACAACGGCAGUACCCCACUCUUCAAUGCCGCUUUGCGUGGGCAUAAGGCGGUAACCAAGUUAUUGCUCAAAAGGGGCGCCGACCUAGAGUUGAGUGACAAUCACGGUAAUACACCACUGGCGAGGGCAGUGGGAAUGGGGCACGAAGAAAUAGCGAAGUUGUUGCUAGAGAAAGGUGCGUUUCUGCACUCAAGGAAUGUCGCAGGCGAUACCCCACUCCUAUGGGCCGUCGCAUGCGGCCAGGGGACGUUAGUCAAGCUAUUGCUCGAAAGGGGCGCCGACUUAAACUCGAAGAACAUUCAUGGUAUUACACCACUGUCGUGCGCUAGACGGGAGGGACACCAAGCAAUAGUGAAGUUGUUACAGGAGAAAGGUGCCACGGCCUAG